UGAAAUACGUAUAAUUUGAAGAAGGGGAAGGAAGAACCUUUCACCGAUUGCGACCGAACGCACUCGACACAAUCAAACUCAACCUAAAACCCUAAAACCCUUCGUAACCAUAGUUGAAAUUAUUGAAUCAUCGAACUUCCCUCCUCCCUUUUCUUUUGCAGGUCUGCUGCUAAUUUUUUUUUACUCAUUUCGUAUCAUAGGAUUUAUCUUGCCCUCCAAGGGAAGACCCUCUACCAUGGAGGCAUUUGUACGGACCUCCUCCCUAGCUAAUCUUAUCCCAAAUUUUAGCACACCGUUGAGUAAACAGAAGUCUUGCUUGAUAUCUGCAACUGGGUUGUCUACUCCUUGGUCUGCUUCUCCGCAGAAGCCGUCUUUUCUAAGAAAAUCUCUGAUUGCGGAUGCCAAGAAGAACAAGAAAGCUGACACUCAUAGCUUCGUACCCAGACCGGAUGAAGCGACGGGCCCUUUUCCUGAAGCUGUGCUGCUUAAAGAGAAGAAGGUUCAGGAAGAUGGUAGAAUUCUUCCAGAGUUUGCAGAUGCAGAAGAAGCCCAACUCUUCGAAUAUCUUCAACUUCAGCUGGAAAGUGAUUUGAAUGUGGAACGAAUACGCCACUAUGAAGUGGUUUACUUAAUUCAUGAGAACCAUGCAGAAGAGGCCGGCAGCGUAAAUGAGAAAGUCCAAGAAUUUUUAAGGGAGAAGAAAGGCAAGAUAUGGAGAUUGAAUGAUUGGGGUCUGCGUCGACUAGCUUAUAAGAUAAGGAAAGCAAGGAAAGCCCACUACAUGUUGAUGAACUUCGAGUUGGAAGCCAAAUGGAUUAAUGAUUUCAAGAGCAUGUUAGACAAGGAUGAAAGAGUCAUUCGGCAUCUUGUGAUGAAGCGGGAUGAGGCAAUUACCAAGGAUUGCCCCCCUCCUCCUGAGUUCCAUACUUUGCGUGGCCACGUGGAUGAGGAGGAUGAUAUAGAUUAUGACGAUGAGUAUGAUGAUGAAGAUGAUGAAGAUUGGGAUGAUCAGGAUGAGAUUGACUUGGAUGACUAUGAUGAUAAUGAUGUUGAAGAUGAUUUUGUUUCUAUUGAUGCCAUCGAUGAUGAUGGAGAAGAUGGAGAUGAUAGGAACAAUGAAUUAUCUAGUGUUGGUAGCUUGGGAGGGAGAAAUCUGAAAGCUGAGAAGUUACAUGAGUUGUAAAUUUCUUUUGUUUGCCCUUCACUCAGCUUUUUGGUUCAAGAGGAAUCGAGGACAAUUGCGUGAAGCAAAAUUAUUCAAUACAUACACUGCAAUGGACUUGACGGCUUCGUGAGAGAGAGUGUUUAUGUUCCUGGUGUAUUGAAUAAUAUGUUUACAUGAAGUUUAUGUUGAAAAUGCUGUGUUACACAGCACAAGAA